CCGGGGCCGGGGCCGCGCCUGCGCCGCCGGCAGCGCCCGGAAGCGGAGGCGGAAACCUCCGGGUCGAGCGGCACGGCUGGGGCCGGGCGACGCGGCCCGGGCUGGCCCCGGCUCCUCCGUGCUCUCCGCCUCCACAAAUCCCCGGGUCCCUCUCCCCGCCCGAAGUCGUGUCCCCGGCGCCAGAGGCCGGAGCGACGCCAUGGAGAGCAGCAUGGAUUUCCAGGCGACUGCGCCCUCCGCCUCGGACUGCGGCAGCGACGAGGCCCCGGAGCCGCCGGCGAUGGACACGGAGGAGGAGCCGGCGCUGCGGCCCGGCGCCCCCGAGCCCCAUGUGGGUGGUGGGCAGCCGGAGGGGCCCCGUUUCAGCAUCCUGCUCACCGGCUGCGGCUCCAGGCAGGAUCUGUCCGUCUCCGAGGGUCAGCGGAUGGGCCCGGGGCCCAUCUCGGGCCCCGCUUCAGCCUCUGACCUCAAAGGAUCGGGAGGUGGAGAAGAACAAACUGAGCGUUGCCGGGACUCGGGGAGAGAGAUGGAAGCGCAGGCAGUGGCCCCGGGGCCGCAGGGCGCUGCGGGCUGGAAAGCCAGCGGCAGGAGCACGGCUCAGGAUGCAGGACCCCCCCGCACGCCCAGCGCUGCUGAGCUGGCGGGCAUGGAGCUGGACGAGGCUCCCCGGGCCGGCACUGCCCCCGGCAGCGCUAAGUGGGCAGGCGGCGCAGAGGACGAACCCUCGGAGAUGCAGGGCCUGCUGGCGCAGCUCCAGACCCUCGACUCCAACCUCUCCGACCGCGCUCCCGCCUCGGAGCGGCUCCCUCCGCUCUCCUGCACUCCUGCCGCAGGCUCUCCGGCGGGCGAGCGGGCCCGGCGCGGGGGGCAGUGCCAGGGCCAGUGCGGGCCCUGCCUGCUGCAUGUGGCCAUGGGCCAGGGCCUGCAGACGCGGCCCUGCUGCGCGCAGCACUCGGCCUGUGCCCGCCCCUGCCACGGGCUGCUCUUUGCCGAGGCUGACCGGGAGGACCUGCUGAGCCUCCUGCGCUAUGAGGGAGGACUGCCUGAGACCAGUGCUGAGACGCCUUUGGCCCGUUCCAGUGUCCUGGCCGGGACCGAUCUAGAGCUGCUGCGGGCUCAGGAGGAGCUGGCCCCCGUGGAGAAGGCUGUCGGGCUGCGUGGGCCAGAGAACUCAGCGGGAGGACCUUCUGGUGGCUGGGGGUGCGGAGAGAGGCUCUGCGAGGGCCACUCCACCUGCGAGAGCAAUGGGGAAGGUUCCUCGGAGCCAGCCUGGGUGGCCCUGCCUCCUGCAGCAGCCCCAGCUGCAGCCUCACCUGCUCUCAUUGCUUUGCAGAACAGGGAAUCCUGCUCUUCCUGCGUGGCCUUUAAAGAAGUUCCAGGCCCUUGCGACCCAGAGGAGCUGCUGGAUGGUGUCAUUUUUGGGGCAAAGUACCUGGGCUCCACGCAGCUGCUGUCAGAGAGGAACCCCCCGACCAGCGUCCGCAUGGCACAGGCCCAGGAGGCGGUGGACAGGAUCAAGGCACCGGAGGGAGAGUCGCAGCCCAUGACGGAGGUGGAUCUGUUUGUCUCCACGCAGAGAAUCAAGGUGCUCACAGCUGACACACAGGAGGCCUUGAUGGAUCACUCCCUCCAGACCAUCUCCUACAUCGCCGACAUCGGCUCUCUCGUGGUGCUUAUGGCGCGGCGGAAGCUGCCUCGGCGCUCGGAGGGGGUGGAGGAGAAGCGACUCUACAAGCUGCUCUGCCAUGUCUUCCACUCUGCUGAUGCCCAGGUUAUUGCCCAGGCUAUUGGGCAGGCAUUUGGUGUGGCCUACCAGCACUUCCUGGAGGCCAACAGCAUCGACCCUAGAGAGCUGAGCCCGCGCCAGUACAGCUGUGCCCUCGAAGACCAGGAGCAGUACAACGCAGAGCUGACCCACUUCUGCCAGCAGGAGAACUGCAAGGAUGUCUGCAUUCAGAAGCAGAAAGGAGAGAUCCUGGGUAUUGCCAUUGUGGAGUCGGGCUGGGGCUCCAUCCUGCCCACCGUGGUCAUUGCCAACCUAAUGCACAGGGGCCCUGCGGAGAGGUCUGGCGAGCUGAGCAUCGGAGACCGCCUUGUGUCCGUCAACGGGACCAGCCUGGUGGGGCUGCCCCUCAGCACCUGCCAGAGCAUCAUCCGGGAGCUGAAGCACCAGACAGAGGUGGUGCUGAACAUUGUGCACUGUCCCCCUGUCACCACGGCUGUCAUCCGGCGCCCUGACUCCAAGUACCAGCUGGGCUUCUGUGUGGAGAAUGGCGUGAUCUGCAGCCUGAUGCGUGGGGGCAUCGCCGAGAGAGGUGGCAUCCGUGUGGGGCACCGCAUCAUCGAGAUCAACGGGCAGAGUGUGGUGGCCACGCCACACGAGAAGAUCAUCCAGAUCCUGACGCAGGCAGUCAGCGAGGUGCACAUCAAGACCAUGCCAGCCUCCACGUACCGCCUGCUGACGGGGCAGGAGCAGCCUCUCUUCCUCUGAGCCACCGACCCUGCCUGGCUGUCGCUGCUCAUUGCUGGGGCCAGGCAGGAGUAAGCCUGGGGCUGGGAGGGCAGGACAGGCUCUGCCUCCUGCCUCAGCACCCUCAUUGGAGCCUUCUGGUCCCCAGCAAGGGCCUAAUGCUGCACCUCUUGUUUUCACUCAGGACACAGUGGGGGACUCUUGAGGACCGAUACCCAGUAUGAGCUGUGUCAGGUCUUAUGGUGUCAUGGUUUGGGCACCUCCACCCCCUCCAUUCACCCUUUCCUGCCUCACAGUGCCUGUCCUGCUGCUUCACAGGGUCCCUGUCCUUGGCCUGGCUCAGGCAGGAGGAGCAGGACCCCACCUGUCACCACAUACUGUGUCUGCACACUCACCAGUUGUGCCUUUCUCCAUGGGGGCUGAUGGUGGAAGCAGAGCUCCAGGGCUUGCCCUAGCGUGGCCCCCAGAACAGCAGUGCCCCUGCACAACAGCAUGUGGGUGCACACUGACACCCCCAGGGAUGAUCCAGCAACUCCCAGACUUGGCCUUAAGGGCUGCAGCAGCCCUGGCACUCCUUCACUCUGGCUCUGCCAGAGGCCUGUCAUGGGUGCAAAUUCCCUGCUCAGCCUUUUGCAGUGAGCUGGGGCCCCAGCCGUGCUUUCCUCUGGUGCUGCCUUUAACUGCUCCACACACACAGCUUGGCCCCAGCCCCAUGGGGCACUGCAGCCCCUGGGGCUGUCCCUUGGUGCAGCAGAGGGGAAUGCAGCACUGCCCAGUCCCACAUCCUGGGACAGUGAGCCCCAAGGACCAGCCCCACACGUGGGUCUCUGUACCCCUGCAGCCAGGGCAGUGCUGAUCUGACCUCUCCUGUGUGCCUGGAUUGGGUCAAAAUAAAAGUGUUGGGCAACGUG